ACAGAGCAGCCGGAGUUGCGAAAGUAUUGUAGGCGACGUUAAGUCAAGGGCUUUCUGUUUGACAAGUGUGGAAACACCUCAGACCGACUGGGAAUCGGAUUUGCCUGAUGUUAAACCACCCUGUUAAAAUGUUCUAUUUGUGGACCACUGGAAGAUUUGAGCGGACAAAAGAGGUUAAAGUGCAGCAAUUUGCUCAAAUUUACGGAUAUCUGUAUUUAAUAGAGAUUAUCUUUAUAAUCUCCAUAUCUACGUUUUAAAGGCUUGGCAAGUCCUUCAAAACCAUUGUUUUUACAUUCGUUUGUAAGGUUGUACUGGGUUGUACAUCAAAACAAGCUCUAAACUGGCAUCGGAGUGCUGAUGUUUGGAGUUAACUCCUCAGGAUCCUCGGUGCCCUGGGAUCAAAGAUGACUUUUCUUCCAAGAUGCUCCGAGGUGACUGAAGACGGAAUGUGGGACAAAGAUUCCUGAAGUGUCUGGUGGAAAGUUUUCAGGGGAAAGUAAAUAUUGGCUACAGGUUGGCUUAGAGCAUUUAAGAAGGAAGUGUAACACAUCAAGAAGUUUUUGAUACUGUGAAGAUCAUGAGUGACGUGGUUGUUGAAGAUGCAAGUUCUGCCAUGAACGAAUUGUGUUACGAGUGUGGUCAGGCUCAUAUGGUCCUGGAGAACCACCUAUUUGAUUAUCAGGAUGAAGUGGACGAUGAACUAGUUUGUCACAUUUGUCUCCAGCCAUUGCUGCAGCCUCUGGACACUCCGUGUGGCCAUACAUUUUGUUUCAAAUGCCUAGAGAAUUUCCUACAGGAGCAGGAUUUCUGUCCCAUGGAUCGCAAGAAGCUUCACUUCCAGCACUGUCGGAAAUCUAGUUUACUGGUGCGAAAUCUCCUCGAUAAGCUGGUUGUUCACUGUCCUUUUCGACUGGACUGCGAUAAAGUGAUGCAACGCUGUGAGCUUGAUCCUCAUCUCCAAAAUAGAUGCCCUGGUCUGAUGAAGUAUCGAGUAAAGAUUGAACACAAGCGACAGCCUAGCUUAAAGGGAAACCAACAUCCUACACAGAAUGACACAAUUGGAGCAGCAGAAGGUUCUGCAGCUGCUGCUGGUUCACUCCAAGCCGCUGAGCCUGGACUUGUUAACCCUGCAUUUGAAGAAGAUCAGGAAGAAGAUGAUUUGCCUCGGCUGUCCAGUCUUCUGGCAGAAACGACCAUAGUUGAAAUUAAUCGCACAGACCCUCAGGAAGAGCUGGGAAUUCGGAUAGUUGGUGGGAAAGACACACCGCUUUGUAACAUUGUGAUCCAGGAGAUUCUUCGUGACAGCAUUGUUGCUAGGAAUGGAAGGCUUGCACCUGGGGAUCAUAUAACAGAGGUGAAUGGUAUAAAUAUCACCAGUGUUCCACAUAGCUACGCCAUCCAUGUGCUGCGGCAACCUUGUUCUGUCUCUCGGCUCUCUGUGCUCCAAGAGCGAGGAUUUGCUAUUCGAGGAUCUUCACAAGAAAGAAGCAGCAGCAGCACACAGAAGCAGACUGUGCACGUCACCUUGCAUAAGAGAGAUCGCAAUGAGCCACUGGGCAUAAAACUAAUUCGGAAGGGAGACGAGCCUGGAGUGUUUAUCCUGGAUCUUCUAGCUGGUGGCUUGGCUGCUCGAGAUGGAAAGCUACAUAAUAAUGAUAAAGUGCUUAUGAUUAAUCAGCAGGAUAUCAAAAAUGGAACUCCAGAGAUGGCAGCACAGAUAAUACAGUCUAGUGAGGGGACCGUCAACUUUAUAAUCCAGAGGUGCCUUGAUCAACAAAGCCCAGAAAUUAUUGAUGAAGUUGGCUCGAGCAAUAACAGCCCCUCCCGGCAGCGUACUAAGUCAUUGCAACAGCAUUGUCGUCGACGCUCCCACUACCAAAAGGAUUUAUCACAGACUUCAAUGUGUGUAGAGAAGACAGUUCUGUUAAAAAAGGAACCUCGUGAGUCACUUGGAAUAACAAUUUCAGGCGGACGUGAAAAUAAGUACAAGGUUCCGAUAUAUGUGACCAGCAUCCAGCCUGUUGGCUGCCUCUAUAGGGAUCGCAGAGUCAAAAAAGGAAAUGUACUUCUGAAUAUAAAUGGAGUGGACCUCACACAGCUGAGUUACAAUGAAGCAGUGUCAGUUCUCAAAUUGAAUGCGGCCUCCUCGAGCGUGGUAUUGAAAGUCCUAGAAUUUCCUACUACAGAGAUGUUAUCAACAUCAGAGGAGCCUUCAGAAGCAAGCAAAGAGAACAGUUAUGAUUGGUCACCAUUAUGGAUCAUGUGGCUAAGUUUACCAAGUUACCUUCACUGUUGCAAUGACAUUACUCUGUACAAGAGCAACUGUGAAAGCUGGGGAUUUAGCAUUGUUGGGGGCUUUGAGGAUGGGCAAGAAAACCAACCUUUCUUCAUCAAAACCAUUGUACCUGGAACACCAGCAUACUUUGAUGGAAGACUAAAGUGUGGGGACGAAAUUGUUGCCGUGAAUGGUGUUUCCACAGCAGGCAUGAGCAACUCGGCUGUAAUCCCAAUGCUGAAAGAACAGAGGAACAGAGUCACUCUCACUGUCGUCUCAUGGCCAGGAAGUUGUGUAUGAAAAUGGCAAGACAAAAAUGAUCAAGAUUUUAAUCAUGAAAGACCAGUGCAAAUUACCAAUUCACCAAAGUGCAUUGUUGCUAUGCAAUUUUGAGCAGCAGUGUACCUGAUACUUUGCUGUUUUUAUAAACUUUAUUAAAAACUUUUAAGGUGCCAGGGUUUGUGAACAAAGCCCUGCCAUAAAUUUCCAAAUGUAUAUCCAAAGUUUGAGUUUUGGUAGAUACAUCUGUCAUGUAACUGGACUUCAUGGAGCACGGAUGUGCAACUCUCUAAAAUGGAAUUAUUCAUUGAAUUGGCAGAAGCAGGAUCAGACCUAGUGAACAUAUUUUUAAAAGAUUCAUCAUUACCUGCAUAUGCAGUCAAUUUUUGCAUUCAAAUGCCAGUUCAUUUUUUUUCUGAUCUACUUCAAUGUAGCAGUGAAAAUAAAUUCUGGAGGCUGAACUCAAA